GUAGUUGGCGGCAGUUGGGCAGUUGGCGGAGGUUGGCGGCGUUGACGGCGGCUGUGCCGGUGGACGGGUGAAAGGGGGUUGUCGUAUUUGGCGGGACUUUUAUUGCUCUGGAAUGUAAAAGUUCUUCAACCAAAAUUUGCCGAGUCUACGAGUAGCCAUAACGACUGGCAGCCAAGAAAAAUCGAAGGCAAGGUUAAAAAAAAAAUGGCUGUGCAAGUGCUCACACCUUUUGAGAAAGUUGCCGUGGAACAGGAGUACUGUAGACAACUCGGAGGUCUGGUAAAGACGCUGCACUCGGCGAGAGCUUCAUCAAGCGUUAUGCUUAGCGCCAACACCGCAAUUUCUGCAGAUUGCAACGAUGACAGUGUUUGCUUGUACUCCUACAUUCCACAAGUUCAGAAACAUUUCAUUUUGGAUGGCAAGAUUGGUGAAGGUACAUUCAGUCAUGUCUACAAAGCAAGACUGAAGUCAAGUGCAGUGCACAUGGAAUUCGCCAUUAAAUUUUUAAUUCCUACGAGUCACCCUUCUCGAAUUGCAAAUGAACUACAGUGCCUCAGACUAAUUGGGGGCAGUAGCAAUGUCAUGGAUGUGAAGAUGUGCUUUUUGCACAAAGGUCAUGUGGCCAUUGUGAUGCCGUACUUUCCUCAUGAGAAGUUCCCAGACUUCGUGCAUAAAUUGAGUGUCGCUGAAGUGCAAGAGUAUAUGACCCAGCUCUUCAUUGCACUAAGAAGAGUUCAUUCAUUCAACAUCAUUCACAGGGACAUCAAACCAAGCAACUUUCUCUAUAGUCGCAAAUGUAAAAGGUUUUCUUUAGUUGACUUUGGCCUUGCCCAGCGGCUAGGUGGUGGGUCUAGUGACUCUGAACCAAAGCCACCAGGACCAUUGCUAAAGGAAUUGAUGCCAUCAUCACAAAACCCCCCAUCAAGAAAGAGAGCCAGAACACUUGACCAAGAAAACCAAAAAGCUCAAGUGAAGCGCCAGUGCCUGCCAGCACACAUGGGGCCACCACUUCACACAAUCAAUGUGCAUAAUGUUGCAACAGCAGCUGGCAAAUUGCAGCAGGCAACUACAGCUUCGGCCAAGCCUGUUUCUAAAGGGGCACUAAAUCAAGCACGCCGCGGAAGAAGAAAGCUGUGCUGCUGCUUUGGAAGGAAUGAAGUUUGCAAUAUUUGUCUUAGCAGGCCAGCUGAAAUUGCCCCUCGUGCUGGAACUCCUGGUUUUCGCGCUCCAGAGGUUCUUCUGAAGUACAGAAACCAAACUACAGCCGUAGAUAUGUGGUCAGCAGGUGUCAUAUUUCUCUCCUUGCUGAGUGGCCGCUACCCAUUUUUCCGUGCCCAAGAUGACCUCACUGCAUUGGCAGAAAUCAUAACAGUCAUUGGAAGUAUUCCUGUGCAGAUGGCUGCUGAAAAAAUGGGAAAACUGCUUACUGUCAGCCAUGAGAAACCAGUGCUGGAUCUAAAAACCUUGUGUGAAAGGCUACGAGGCACCCGUGCUAAAACUGGGCAGACAGCCGAUGGUGUGGAAAAGGCACACUUCAGGUACCAUGAGUCAUGGCUACGUGUGCCAGACUCUGCUUACGACCUGCUGUACAAGUUACUUGACCCUGACCCUACAACUCGGAUCACAGCUGAGGAUGCCCUGAAACACGAUUUUCUAAAUGAGUCAUUGUGUUAGUGCAAAUCGUGAAGUGGUAAGAAUGAUCUCAUAACUCUGUUUGCAGUUUAUCUGCGUAAAUGAUGACAAAAUAAAUUUGUGCAGGCUAAUAGUGGCCCUUCA